GCACUCGCUCCCUAGCUGUCGGGUCGCGGCCCUCCAUGCACGGACGAUCUAGCGAUGGACUGGCUCUGAUCCUUCGGAUUGUGCCAUCGCUGGACCGACUCUGCGCAUUUUGCUCUUAAUCCAGAAAAAACACUGAUCGGGAUACAAAAUAAGGGCUCCGAUCCCCCGAGGUACCGUAGACCCACUGGGUAAAGAGAAGGAUACUCGAUAAAUCGCAUUUAUCCUCCGCCUGCAUCUUCAUUCAAGCCUCAUAAAGGCGCAUCUGGGAACAAGACCAAGCAUCAUUUGCUCGUUUCUCUGCGUCUCGUGUUUACCCACGGACACAUUGUCACAGGAAUUAGGGACCAUUCUGACCGAUCACAGUCCGAUGGUGCUGAGCACAUCCGGAGCGGAUCAUUCCCGUGCUUUGUAAGAUGCGGUGUGCGUGUCAGAGAGGAUCUCCAUGGCUGUAAGGUACGCGAGACGGAACUUCUGUGAAUCACUGCAGAGGUCACCGGUGGUCAUGUGGUCCACACGCCUACUUUUCCUCUUCGCGCUCUUCACACCCGUCACACUCGUUUUGAGUCGGGCCCCAGUGCCGAUGGCUGUGGUGCGUCGAGAGUUGUCAUGUGAGGGUUAUCCUAUCGAACUGCGCUGCCCGGGCACCGAUGUCAUUAUGAUCGAGAGCGCCAAUUAUGGGCGCACAGAUGACAAGAUCUGUGACUCGGACCCUGCUCAGAUGGAGAACACUCGCUGCUAUCUGCCUGAUGCCUACAAGAUUAUGGGCCUCAGGUGUAACAACAGAACUCAGUGUGCAGUCAUCGCUGGCCCUGAUGUUUUUCCUGACCCAUGUCCUGGAACGUACAAAUACCUUGAGGUUCAGUAUGAGUGUGUGCCAUACAAAGUGGAGCAGAGAGUCUUUCUGUGUCCAGGUGUAUUGAAAGGUGUUUACCAGAGUGAACACCUUUUUGAGUCGGACCACCAGUCGGGGUCGUGGUGUAAAGACCCCUUACAGUCAUCCAAUAAAAUCUACUAUAUGCCCUGGACACCUUACCGUACCGACACGCUGACUGAAUACUCAUCGAAAGAGGACUUCAUUGCUGGUCGUCCCACCACCACAUACAAGCUGCCCCAUCGGGUGGACGGCACAGGGUUUGUGGUGUUCGACGGCGCACUCUUCUUCAACAAGGAACGUACGCGCAACAUUGUCAAAUUCGACCUGCGAACUCGUAUCAAGAGCGGUGAGGCAAUCAUCGCUAACGCUAACUACCACGACACUUCGCCGUACCGUUGGGGUGGGAAAUCGGACAUUGAUCUGGCAGUGGACGAAAAUGGACUUUGGGUAAUUUACGCCACCGAGCAGAACAAUGGACGAAUCGUGGUGAGUCAGCUCAACCCGUACACGCUCCGAGUAGAGGGAUCAUGGGAUACGACAUAUGACAAGCGAUCCGCCUCCAAUGCUUUCAUGAUCUGUGGGAUCCUCUACGUGGUAAAGAGCGUUUACGAAGACGAUGAUAAUGAAGCGUUGGGGAAUAAAAUUGACUACAUGUAUAACACAGAGAAGAGUCGCGAGACACACUUAAACAUUCCAUUUCCAAAUUCCUACCAGUACAUCGCAGCUGUCGACUACAACCCCCGCGACAAUUUGCUCUAUGUGUGGAACAACUACCACGUUGUCAUCUAUUCUCUUGACUUUGGGAAUAAUGACAACAGAAUCGGCUUUGAUCCUCCUUCAUCAGUUUUGUUGCCUGAUGUAUUUCCUCCAGUACGCAGCUCCACUCCUCCUCCUCGGCCAUAUACAGGCACUCUCCGCCCCUCUCUCACUACUUCCACGACUACCACCAUGGCUCCGCCCCGCCGGCAUAACAACAUCCUCCCCGAAGCCCUGACACGGUCGCCUCCCUCCCUGCAGACCCCAGUGGCUGUUGACUAUUGCGCCCCACGUCUCACUGCUGAAAUCUCCUGGCCACGGACACACCAGGGACAGGUUGCUAAGCAACCGUGCCCAGCUGGCACCAUAGGCGUGGCAACGUUUAACUGUUUGCUCGGCUACUGGGAUCCGAAGGGACCGGAUUUAAGCAACUGCACCUCGCCAUGGACCAACCACAUCACUCAAAGAAUGAGAUCGGGGGAAACUGCGGCCAUAGUAGCGCGGGAAUUGGCCGAACAGACCAAGAAUAAGUUGAGACCUGGAGAUGUUCCAUCUACAGUGAAAGCUAUGGCGCAGCUGGUGGAACUACUGGACGUCCAGCUGCGUAAUCUCACCCCAGGGGGAAAAGACACAGCGGCACGUAGCUUAAACAAGCUUCAGAAGAGAGAGAGGUCAUGCCGGUUUUUCAUACAGGCCAUGGUGGAGACGGUGAAUAACCUGCUGCAGCCGCAGUCCCAGGCGGCGUGGAGAGAGCUGUCUGUGGCCGAGCAGCUGCGUUGUGCAACCAUGCUGUUAGACACGGUGGAGACGGGAGCUUUCAUGCUUGCAGACAACCUCCUCAAAACAGACACUAUACAGGAGAGCACAGACAACAUCCAGCUCGAGGUGGCACGGCUAAGUACAGAUGGCAGUCUGGCUGAUCUGAGUUUCCCUCAAUCUGGACAAACCGGCAACUCCAUCCAUCUCUCAGCGAACACUCUCAAACAACAAGGACGCAACGGUGAGAUCCGCAUCGCACUGAUCCUCUAUAACAACCUGGGCCAGUACCUAUCCACAGAGAACGCUAGCGUGAGGCUGGGAAGUGACACGGUCUAUCCCAAUUAUUCCCUAAUAGUCAACUCACCUGUCAUUACGGCAGCCAUUAAUAAAGACAGCAACAAGGUCUACCUGUCUGAACCUGUGGUCUUUACUGUCAAACACAUACAGCAGUCAGGGGAGAACUUCAAUCCAAACUGCUCCUUCUGGAGUUACUCCAAACGCACCAUGACAGGAUACUGGUCCACUCAGGACUGCAGGCUACUGGGAACCAACCGCACACACACCUCGUGCUCCUGCACACACCUCACCAACUUUGCAGUGCUCAUGGCCCACGUGGAGGUCAAGAAGACAGACCAGGUGCACGAGCUUCUUCUGGACGUCAUAACAUGGGUGGGGAUCCUGCUGUCUCUAGUCUGCCUGCUCAUCUGCAUCUUCACCUUCUGUUUUUUCCGCGGCCUCCAAAGCGACAGAAACACCAUCCACAAGAACCUCUGCAUCUCGCUGUUCAUCGCCGAAACCCUCUUCCUCACUGGCAUCAACCGCGCCGACCAGCCGAUCGUAUGUGCAGUGUUUGCCGCCCUCCUGCAUUUCUUCUUUUUGGCCGCCUUUACGUGGAUGUUUCUGGAAGGCGUGCAGCUGUACAUCAUGCUGGUGGAGGUGUUCGAGAGCGAGUACUCGCGCACCAAGUACUUCUAUCUGACGGGUUACGGGGUACCUGCUGUUAUAGUGGCUGUGUCCGCUGCCGUGGACUACCGUAGCUAUGGAACCGAAAGAGUGUGUUGGCUAAGGCUAGAUACAUACUUCAUCUGGAGUUUUAUUGGGCCUGCUACUCUCAUCAUCAUGCUGAAUGUUAUUUUCUUGGGCAUCGCGCUCUAUAAGAUGUUUCACCACACUGCAAUUCUCAAACCUGACUCCGGUUGCCUCGACAACAUCAAAUCCUGGGUUAUAGGUGCCAUUGCUUUGCUGUGUCUGCUGGGAUUGACCUGGGCGUUCGGGCUCAUGUAUAUCAACGAGAGCACAGUGAUCAUGGCUUAUCUCUUCACCAUCUUCAACUCACUGCAAGGAAUGUUUAUCUUCAUAUUCCACUGCAUCCUGCAGAAGAAGGUGCGUAAGGAAUACGGACGAUGUCUCCGGACACACUGUUGCAGCGGGAAGAGUGUGGAAUCAACCAUCUCUACUUCAACUAAGACCAGCACGGCUCGCACACCCGGACGCUAUUCCACCAACUCACAGAGUCGUAUUCGCAGGAUGUGGAAUGACACUGUCAGGAAGCAGUCAGAGUCAUCUUUCAUCACCGCUGAUAUGAACAGCUCAGCGACUCUCAAUAGAGGUACCAUGGCUAACCAUCUCAUCUCCAAUGCUCUUUUACGUCCUCAUGGCACUAAUCCUUAUAACACAUUGCUGGGAGAAUCUGCCGUGUUCAAUAACCCUACUGCCAACAUGUUCAACACACAAGCCUCCUACAGAGAUUCAAAGGGAAUUCUUAACAACGCACGAGACUCCAGCGUCAUGGAUACGCUGCCGCUUAACGGUAACCAUGGCAACAGCUACGGUGUGGCAGCAGGUGAUUACCUUACCUACAGCUCCCGUGGCAGCGAGCCGCCGACAACGCUGGAGAAAAAGAUUCUGAAGGAGCUAACAGCAAACUAUGCUCCAUCUUACCUGAACACUCAGGAGCGGCAAGGAAAAGCUCACCAGGGGACCCUGACCAAUAAACUCAACAACCACCUGGCCAACGGAGGGGUCGCGGGGUCAUCCUCCAUCGCUAAGGAUGACGUCAUGGUGCUGGAUAACCCCGGAGCGUUUCACCGGCACGAUGACGGAGGCGGGUUAAGCCUAGAGCUCAUCAGGGAGGAGUCGCAAGCGCCGCUCCUCCCACCGAGACCGGCCCCUCCGGAAAACCACGCCCCCUUGCACACGUUCUCAGCCCACCGGCGCCUGCCACAGGAGAACAGCGAGAGCUUCUUCCCGUUGCUCCCCAAUGACGCGCACACGCACUCGUCGCACACGCACACUCCCCACACGCACUCCCCCCUCAGAGACUCGCUCUAUACCAGCAUGCCCACUCUUACCGACCUCCCGCAUGGCACUGAUGACCUCAUCAACGGUCUCCAUGACGACGAAGAUGAUGAGGAGGAGGACGAUGGCGAGGAGGAAGAGGGAAGUGAGCUGCACCUGGCCAACGGCAAAGGGGUCGUCAUGGAGGCCGACGACGUGUACUAUAAGAGCAUGCCCAACCUGGGCUCCAGGAACCACAUACAGGACCUGGAGAGCUACUAUCAGAUGGGUCGGGGGGGAAGCGAUGGGUUCAUCGCCCCGUCUGAGAAAGAAGACUCGUCGCCCGAAGAACAGCCCCCAGACCCCUCACAGCUGGUCACGAGCCUAUAGACACUGAACCGGACACACACACACACACAGUCACCCAGUGUGCGCGUGUGUGUGACACAAUGCACAAGGCAUGGGAUACACUACCUACUGCACUGAUAGAUCCCUAGAAAGACUUAUUCCAGAUAGCCCCUGAUUCCAGUAAAUACAAGUAUCCUGUACCAAUCCACACCAAAAUCCUGUUCCAGUUAGAACCAGUAAGCAAAACUAGUAACUCGCUCCUACGCCAAAACAAGGACUACAAAGCGUAGGCAGGGACACUUUAUCGUGAAUCUCCUUGGAAACUGAUCUGAUCGCGGAUUUUGUUCGCGGACAUGACACACUAGUCAAUGAGGGGACGUGGAGUUAAGUCGGACAAACUUUUCCUCCCUGGAUCAUUUGCAUAGAUCUCCUUGACAUCCAGAAAGGCCCAAUGGCUGUCUGAAUCUCCCCGAAGCUCACAGUGGAUUACUGCAACAUGUGGAAAAAGACUGCGGGAAACUACAGUAGCUGCCAUUUUAGAUGACCGUGUAUGAUAAUGAGACCACCAACCCAGACUCUGAACUCUUCUAUUGUAUUGAACUGCAUUACCCACAAUUCUCUAGUCUUUUCGAUGGUUCUCUGCUACACACAUUCCUUCUCGUUUAGCACCGGUCUCGUUUCCAAACGUAAAGACGCAUUUAAGACUGAGGACGCAUUGUUUUUCUUACGUUUGUUUUUCGGUAAUAAUCUCAGUUGUUGCAAGGUCAUUGUCACUAAUUAAGAAACAGACGUCCAUGCAAAAUGUACAGAUCCCUGAUAUUGCAUAUGAGCGUAUGCCUUUCAUGUUUUUGACAUAUUUUGCCCCUUGUAUGUGUUUUUGUAGACUAGACCAAUCCCAUAAUGCUGUGCUGGUUCUUCAAAAGACUGUCCCUUAUUACCCGCUCAGCACACACACACAUAUCAACAUAUACACAUACACACUCUUCUUUAUAGCCAGAAAUACACUGUUUGAAUUCUCCUCUUUGGGAGAAUCACUCUCUUUUCCCCCAAACACAACUUUUUGUCAUUUUAAUUCUCACUGUGUUGAUAAUAUCCAAGAGACUCUGAGGAACUGACUGUUGUGUGAUUGACAUCUGUUGCGGAUGGGAUCCCAUCGCUGUCAAAUAUGCUGGGAAGGUGUAAUGUUGUGAGCAUUCUACAGCGUUUACUAAGAACAUCAGGUUCAGAAAUUCCGGCGUAUUGGAAUUGCAAGGAUAUGGUUUGGUCGGAUCUUAUUAUCUAGACAAAAAUGUUCUCAGGCUAAAAAAAGGGAGUCUCAUACAAGUUUAGUCAAGGGGGACAAGAAAAGCUAGUGGUUUGAAACAAUCGUCCUGGUCCAAGCCCACUUGCAUUUACGAAUAAAUAUGUGUUGACUGAGAAAUCAUGAUUUAAAAUCAUGCAGUCCGAGUGCAGCAUGUGUAAACAAUAUAAAAUAACCUUGUAAAGGAGCAGAUUGAGUUGUUUCGAAGAUGGCAACAACCUUGAAAAGGUGGGUUCUUUCAAAACUACUGUUUACUCAUUCUCAGACUGAGACUCCCUCUGUAGCUUGCACAUCUAGCCCUUGUUAACCCCCUCCCAGCAAAUCAACUGCAUAUUUAUUCCUGUGAUCUGAUUUUUUAUUUUUCACCAGAUAUGUAGGACCUUAGAGAGGGUUGGAAAUGAAUCCGAUCGGCACUGAGACCUUUUUUAUUGUUAUAUCAUCAAUAUUAUUAUUAUUACAAUAUCAAUGAAAUUAUUAUUUAUUCUUUUCAUAUGCAUUCUAAACUGAAUGAACUCAUAACUAAUAUUUGUUGUAACAGUGAAAGUUGUUUGCCAACAAAUAAAAUGACUGAAUUAAUAUUUACAAUAUUUCACAGGAGAGAGGUGCGAGUUUCUAUUUGUUUUAUUGCUGAAGGGUAUAUUUAUUUGGUAACACUUUACUAUAAGGACCAAUUCUCACUAUUAACUAGAUGCUUAUUAGCAUGCCUAUUAUUGGCAUUUUGGCUGUUUAUAAGCACUUAUAAAGCACAUAUGACCAUAUUCUACAUCCCUAAUCCUACCCAAUACCUAAACCUAACAACUACCUUACUAACUAUUAUUAAGCAACAAAUUAAGAGUUAACUAAGAAAAAGUCAUAGUUAAUAGUUUACUAAAACCGAGAAAUGG